CAUUUGAAUCUCCAGAGACUUUCAUCGUCCACGUAUCAAGAUCUGAUAAGCCAACUAUAUUCACCACCCAUCGCCAUUGGUUCUCCUCCAUUAUCGCAUCACUCCCUCCUUCUCACCACCCCUCCAAACUCCUCUACACCUAUCAACGUUCAAUCCACGUAUUCUCCGCAAGCCUCACCGCAGCCCAAGCAAAAGAGCUCCGCCGCAUCUCUGGCGUCCUCUCCGUCAUCCCAGACCGUGUCCGUCACAUCCACACUACUCGCACUCCUCACUUUCUCGGCCUUACCGACUCCUUUGGCUUGUGGCCCAACUCCGAUUACGCCGAUGACGUUAUCAUUGGUGUCCUUGACAGCGGAAUCUGGCCGGAACGCNCUCGGCCUUACCGACUCCUUUGGCUUGUGGCCCAACUCCGAUUACGCCGAUGACGUUAUCAUUGGUGUCCUUGACAGCGGAAUCUGGCCGGAACGCCCAUGUUUCUCCGACACUGGCAUUUCCCCGGUUCCCUCUACUUGGAAAGGCAUUUGCGAGACCGGCCCAAACUUUCCUGAAUCUUCAUGUAAUCGGAAAAUCAUCGGUGCCAGAGCUUAUUACAGAGGCUAUGAAGCUGGACUUGGAAAGCCAAUGGAUGAAAUAAAAUCUCCGAGAGAUACAGAAGGUCAUGGAACUCACACAGCUUCAACAGCUGCUGGAUCUGUGGUUGCUAACGCAAGCUUCUAUCAAUAUGCGAAAGGUGAAGCUAGGGGUAUGGCGUUUAAAGCAAGAAUUGCAGCUUACAAGAUCUGUUGGAGCUCAGGUUGUUACGAUUCGGAUAUAUUAGCUGCGAUGGACCAAGCGAUUACCGAUGGUGUUCACGUGAUCUCUCUGUCUGUUGGAGACACAGAUCAGGCUCCGCUAUAUGAUCACGAUUCCAUAGCAAUCGGAGCUUUCAGAGCCGUAGAACACGGUGUUCUCGUAUCAUGCUCCGCUGGAAUUCCGGUCCCGAUCCCUGAUGUGAUUCUUGGAGAUGGUAGGAUCUUUGGUGGAGUGUCCUUGUAUUCGGGAGAUCCACUAGGAGAAACCAAACUCCCAUUGGUCAACGCCGAGGACUGUGGAAGCAAAUAUUGUUACUCAGGGGAGUUAAAUUCUUCAAAAGUAGCCGGAAAACUUGUUCUCUGCGAUCGUGGAGGCAAUGCGAGAGUAGAGAAAGGAAUUGCCGUGAACCUCGCCGGAGGUGCGGGAAUGAUAGUUGCGAACUUGGCUGACAGUGGCGAAGAACUCAUCGCCGAUGCGCAUCUCAUUCCAGCGACUAUGGUAGGUCAGACCGCAGGUGAUAAAAUCAGAGAUUACAUCGGAUCUGAUUCAUCACCAACGGCGACGAUUGCCUUCAAAGGCACGGUUGUUGGAACAUCACCAUCAGCGCCACGUGUCGCGGCGUUCUCAAGUCGUGGACCGAAUUAUCUGACGGCGGAGAUUCUUAAACCGGAUGUUAUAGCUCCUGGUGUGAAUAUUUUGGCCGGUUGGACCGGAUAUACUGGUCCUACAGAUCUGGACAUCGAUACGCGAAGAGUGAAUUUCAAUAUUAUUUCAGGCACGUCCAUAUCUUGUCCUCAUGUGAGUGGAUUGGCUGCAUUGCUGCGUAAGGCGUACCCCAAGUGGACCCCAGCUGCUAUCAAAUCAGCAUUAAUGACCACGGCUUAUAACGUAGACAACACUGGUAAGUCUAUUAUUGAUAUUGCCACUGGAGAACGAUCAACGCCGUUGGUUCAUGGCGCCGGACACGUGGAACCAAACAAAGCUUUGGAUCCGGGGUUGGUAUAUGAUAUGGGUGUUGGUGAUUACGUGGCAUUUCUUUGCGCCAUUGGAUAUGAUUCCAGGAGAAUAGCCGUGUUUGUGAGAGAUCCUGCUAUGGUGGAUUGUGGUGCACUGAGUUUUGGUAGUCCUGGGAAUCUGAAUUACCCAUCGUUCUCUGUAGUGUUUGAUACUAACAAUCGUGUGGUCAAAUAUAAGAGGGUGGUUAAAAACGUUGGGAGUGUGGUUGAUGUUGUUUAUGAGGUGAAAGUGAGUGAUCCUCCACCGGGGGUUGAGGUUAGUGUAUCGCCAAGGAAGCUGGGGUUUAGUAUAGAAAAUCAGACGUUAUCGUAUGAGAUUACGUUCAGUAGUGUUGAAUUGGAGAGGGUUGGUGACGCAACCGUCUCCAUCUCCAAGUCGGCAUUUGGGUCCAUUGAGUGGACUGAUGGGGUUCAUGUUGUUAGAAGCCCAAUUGCUGUGGAGUGGCGUGAGGAUUCAAAGGUUUUCAUGUAAGGUCCUGGCGAUUUGCUGAAUAAUUUAUUUUUGCUUGACAAGACAAUGAUUGAGAAUUCAGUUGGGGUUGGUGGUUUGGCUAUUGAUAUCUAAUGAUCUGAGCUAGUGUGAGCUUUUCCUUCGUUUUGGAAAGUUAAUCGACCUUGAAUAAUGCAUCUCUUAGCAAUGCCACUUCGGUGACGUAAUGACUUAAACCGUUUCUAUUUUUAGGUGUCGUUGUGAGUUUGAAUGUUUUUUUUAAUAAUAAAAGAAGAGCUUUUAUCUUAACAAUAUAUGUUUAUGAAUUAAUUUACGUUGAAUUUUCUU